AGACACCGACUGCAGUUCCCAAAUGUGACGCUAAGCAGACAGAUGUCAUUCUUGUUCUCGACGCUUGCUGUUUUACUGACGCUAGCUUCGCCGACAACUUUGUCAAGCUGCUGGAUUUUGCUGGCAAUUACACAGAGCAAUUUGAUCUUGGCCCUGAUGAUGUCCAGUUUGGGGCUGUCGUCUUCGGAAACUCUCCCCUGAGAGUGUUUGAUCUCAAGGAUUUCUCAAAUCAUACUAAGAUGACCCAGGCUAUCGGUGAGGCCCCGGCUCUGAGGGGGACCCUACGCACCAACAAAGCGUUCGAUCUGGUCGCUAGUGACAUGUUCAGCGUGGCGAAAGGUGGUCGUGAGAAUGCCAGCAAGAUUGUUAUACUUAUGACAGACAGCCCUUCGGCAGAUUUAGCUGACA